AUGUCAGUCACCGUUUACUCGGGAAACCUUAACCCAACAGCUCCGGCGUUUUUACCGGCAAAUCUCUACCCAACACCCUUCUUUAUUCCGACAAGAAUCUACCACCCUCUUCCUCCUCCGCUUUACCCUCUCCAUCUCCCUCCUUUUUUCCCUAACUUCACCGGACCUCUACUUCCUCCUCCUUACCAUCUUCCGCUGACAUCGAUAACCCCGACUAGAGCCGUGAUGCUGUUAUCAGUACCAGGUGACGUCACUGAGUCAUCUAUUCGCCGGGACCUGGAAGUAUUCGGUGAGGUUCGUGGAGUCCAAAUGGAGAUAGUAAAUGAAGGAAUCGUGACCGUCCAUUUCUACAAUCUCAGAGACUCACAAAGGGCUCUAAAGGAGAUACGUAAUAAGCGUCACAUGCAGCAAGAACAAGCCGGUUCCGGUGGUGCUGGUUGUUACACGGCGGCGCGUGGACUCAUCUCCGGACGAUUCGUAUGGGCCCAUUUCGUAUUUCCUCAACUCACGGCGGUUCCACAAGGGAACAAUCAAGGGUCACUCGUGAUUAUGAAUUUGGAACCAACCGUCUCUUCCUCAACUCUCCGUCAGAUUUUCCAGGUUUAUGGGGAAGUGAAGGAGCUGAGAGAGACACCGUACAAGAGAGAACAGAGGUUCGUGGAGUUUUACGACGUCAGAGACGCCGCCUUAGCUCUCCGGGAGAUGGACGGGAAAUCCAUCGACGGUAAACCAAUCGUCGUUCAAUUUAGCCGUCCUGGUGGUUUCAGUAGAAAACUCUUCCUCGCUUCACGCUUCAACAAAAACUUCUUCUUCAACCACCACUUUCCUCCUCCGCCUCCGGCUCUGACGUAUCACCAUCGCCGGCUACCUUCUUCGGCGGGUCAGUUCCGAAGAAAAGGUUCGAUGAAGGUCAACACGAGGAGGAACCAGAAACAACCGUACGAGCGACAAGAGAAGUACAUUAACAAUACGAAGAGGACUAAAGAGCAUGUGAAUAAGAAUGUCAGCGAUGGUUGCUUCGUUAUAAACGAAGACGCUAUCGCCGGUGAGUCUAGUGGUUGCAGAGACGGUCGUACCACCGUCAUGAUAAAAAACAUCCCCAACAAGUACAGCCAGAAGCUGCUUUUGAAUUUACUGGACUCACAUUGCAACGACUGUAACCAAAAGAUUAUAGACGAAGGGAACAACAAUACGCCCAUGUCAUCUUAUGAUUUCGUCUACCUCCCCAUUGAUUUCAGCAACAAAUGCAAUGUGGGAUAUGGGUUUGUGAACAUGACUAGUCCUGAAGCAGUGUGGAGGCUUUACAAGGCCUUUCACAAUCAACAAUGGGGAGUUUUCAAAUCUACAAAGAUCUGCGAGGUCACUUACGCUCGACUUCAGGAACAUUUCAAGAAGUCGAGGGGUCCCGGAGUAGAAAUGGAGAAGUAUAUGCCGGUUCUGUUCUCGCCACCGCGUGAUGGGCGGUUGCUGACGGAGCCUAUCCCCGUAGCUGACCUCGGGGCCAAACCAGUGAGCGAGGACAGCUGUCACUCUAGAGAUGACAGAAGCGUCGUGUCGUGUUCGUCCGACAAGACGUUGGAGGAAGGAAGUGAUGGCGAGAGACUCGAGAAAACGGCGGCGUUUCGGAUGACGAAAGCUUAA